UUAAAUAAAUCGAAUUUGGAAACUAAAAUCCCCUCAAUUUACAGACGUGAAAGAGAGGGAGAGAGGCGAAAAAAAGGUAGCGCCAUUUCCAGUUUGAUUUUUGUGUUCCAUUAAAACAGCUUCGCUUUACUUUCACAAAUGGAGGAAAAUUUUGAUCCUGACCUAAUUCACGCCAUUUUCAAGCUCGUUUGGCGCAGAAAAUUCCUCGAAAGAGAAAAGAAUGACGGAAUUGAUACCUUGGACCCUGAGGGAGCUACUGGAACAUCUAAAAAAGUUCGACCAACACCUGCUAAUGCAACUGCUGUGAAAUUGAGUUGCGAACUUCUCCGGAUCUUCGUCACAGAGGCCAUUCAAAGGUCUGCUGCUAUUGCUGAAGUAGAGGGUCUUAGUCAGAUAGAAGGAACUCAUUUGGAACGAAUUCUUCCACAAUUACUGUUGGAUUUUUGAGGCACUGCAAGGACCACGUUGUGUGUGUAGUUAAAACAAUGCCAGUAUGUAGAGUGAGUGAAUUUGGGCAUCUAUUUCACAAGUCAAGUUAAGAAUUUGAA